UCCAUCACACAGUACCCAACAUUAGAAACUUUAGAUUAAAACAAAAAGAAGAAAGAAGAAAAAGAGAAAAACGGAAUCUUUCUUCAGUCUUUUCAAACCCCAAGAUUAAGGAAGAACAUUUUCAAUUUUGGAUCCUAGGGUUUGUUUUAUUGUUCUUGUUUUUAGCUCCGGAUUUCUCUGUUAAAAGACCCACUUUUGGAUUUUUUUUUUAAUUUUCUUUUUGCUCAUUUUAGUAUUAAUUCUGCAAUGUUCUUGAAAUUAAUGCAUGAAUUUUAAACAAAGAUGCAAUUUUUUUCAAUGGGGGUGUACUUUGAGCUUCAUUAAUGGAGUUUUCAGUUCCAUUUCGUCAAAAGCCAUGUCAAGUUGAGACUAAGAAACUGUUGUUUCUGAUAGGGGUAAUCACAAUUGCAGCUUUUGCUGUUCAAAUUUUCUCAACUCCACACCAGAAUAUAAUCUUCAACGCCCCAGCUGCAAAUUCUUCAAAAGUUGGUAACUUUACGCCUUUGCAUGAUUCAACGAUAGCUAAUUUAUCACUGGUUAAUGAGGUAGUGGUGGCUAAGAAUGAAGAGAAUGAAAUGGAGGAGCAAUUGAAGGAUGAAACUGAGGUGGUGGUGGUGGAUAGAAAGAAUGAAGCGGCUGAAAUGUGGGAACAUACGGUGGCGCCGCCGCCGGAUGAAAGGGAUGGAGUUUUUGAAGAGAAAUUUGAUUAUAUGUCAUUAGCUCCAGUGGGUUCUCCAAUUACUAGUCCAAGUAAUGCAGUAGAAGAAAUUGUGGAUACAAAUGUUGCUUCUGAUUCUGUUGUAUCUGUGGAGACUAAUAAAUCUGCUGUGGAUGAGCAAGUAAUUGGUAUGGGUAUGAAAGAGGAGAAGCCAAUCUUGAUUCAAAGUGCUUCGGCUACUUUGAGCAGUAAUUCAAUUGAGACUAGUGAUCGUGCAAAAAAGAUGUCUCAUAAAUCGAUUAAGUCAAUGCUGGAUGAAAUGAUUCUGCCUAGUGAUCCUUUAACGAAGAUUAGGAUGAAGAUGCCUCCCAAAAAAGUAACAUCAAUUUCUGAAAUGAAUGUUCUGUUGCUUCAGAAUCGUGCUUCGUUGCGUUCGAUGAGACCGCGGUGGUCUUCAAAACUAGAUCAGGAAGUUCUGGCUGCAAAAGCCCAGAUUGAGAAUGCUCCAAUUAUAAAGAAGGAUCGGGAGCUUUAUGCUCCUGUUUACUGUAACGUGUCGGUGUUCAAAAGGAGUUAUGAAUUGAUGGAAAAAAUGCUAAAAGUUUAUGUUUACAAGGAAGGUAAAAAGCCCAUUUUCCAUGACCCAAUACUGGAAGGAAUCUAUGCUUCCGAAGGAUGGUUUAUGAAACAGAUAGAAGGAAAUGAGCAAUUCACUGUUAAGGACCCCAGAGAAGCUCACCUGUUUUAUAUACCGUUCAGUUCACAAAGUCUUAGGUACACUUUGUAUAAAGCUAAUUCACACAGUAAGAAGAACCUGAUCAAGUAUAUGAGUGAUUACUUGAACAUGAUCACUGCAAAAUAUCCUUUCUGGAACAGAACUGGUGGAGCAGAUCAUUUCUUUACCGCUUGCCAUGACUGGGCCCCAGCAAUUACUAAGCGAAUUAUGAGCGCAUGCCUCAGAGCUCUCUGCAACUCUGAUGUCUAUGAGGGUUUCGUACUAGGAAAGGAUGUUGCUCUCCCAGAAACAUUUGUGCUUUCAAAAAGUGAUCUUCUCAAAGAUAAAGGAGGAAAACCUCCUUCGGAGAGACGAACAUUGGCCUUCUUCGCAGGAAAUAUGCACGGAUAUCUGCGUCCUAUAUUACUAAAGUACUGGGAGAACAAAGACCCUGGCAUGAAGAUCUAUGGUAAGAUGAGUAAAGCUCAAAAGAAAGAAAUGAACUACAUCCAACACAUGAAGACAAGCAAAUUCUGCAUUUCUGCUAAAGGGUAUGAGGGAAAUAGUCCUAGAGUUGUCGAAGCCAUCUUCUUCGAGUGUGUUCCAGUGAUCAUAUCAGAUAAUUUUGUUCCUCCUUUCUUUGAGGUUCUUAAUUGGGAGGCCUUUGCAGUUUUUGUCGCAGAGAGAGAUAUUCCCAACUUGAAGGAGAUACUCGCUUCGAUACCUGAUGAGAAGUAUGUAGAGAUGCAUAAGAGAGUGAAGAAGGUGCAGAAACAUUUUCUUUGGCACAGUAAGCCGGUGAAGUAUGAUGUUUUUCACAUGACCCUGCAUUCUGUCUGGUAUAAUCGAGUUUUUCAGAUUAAAGCCAGGUAAAUCAGUAGUUAAAAGAUAGGUUAUAUUUGUUAAAAAAAGAACGUAUGAAGCAAACAGAAAGGAGGGUGGAAUUGAAGAAUAUGCGUGAACCAUCUGAGUCCAAUUGGUGGGAAGAAUAGGUCUACAAACUGAAAAACAGAGUUUUUUUGACCUGUCAAAUACCUUUAAAGGACAUCAGUCAAUUCCAGAAUGCGGUGUGCAAGCUGGGAAUUGAUAAAAGUAACUUUCAACUGGGAGACAAUUAACUUUAUUCCCGCACUUGUAAAUUCAACCUGAUAAAGUGAUAGUAUUUCGUGAUUGUUAGUCAGUCAUCAGAAGUUUAACUUCGUGUAGGAUUAGAAUCACAUUCAUGUAAGUAAAAUCGCAUGUUGAUUUAAAAAAUUAAUUAGUUAAUUUGUGAUCAUAUUGUAAGCUUUUGUGCAAUAUUUUUAAUAAAUCAAUCCAGCAUUCUGGAUAUUUUUUUUGAA